GACUGCCCUUGCGCUGUCACGAUGGUCGAUGCUCGAGGGUCGAGUCCAGUCUUUUUGACGGUUGCAGUUGGUUACGUAUGGGAGCGUAAUCCGUAAUCUGUUCGCAGCCAGGGCCAAUUUCCCAGAUAAAGCUGUGAUUGGCCACCCUUGACAGAACGCAACCCAUCCCAGCACCGCCGAGUGCCCACCACCACCACCGGUUCCCCCUGUCGCUUUUUACCCACAACCCGCGUUCCCCUUUCGAGAACCUGACGCUCCCUUUGCCCCCAUCCCCGUCACAGGCGUCCCCCCCUAAAAAAAAGUCCAAGUCGAGGAGCAUCCAAGCAACAACCUCGCCCAGCCCUACACAUCACGAGGCACACUCCAAGCAGAAGUACCGACAAACAAAGCCUCCUAGCACCCCUAGCACCGCACUUCUCCUCCUUCCUCAGCUCACUGUCGCAGUUCUUCUUCCCAUACGGUCGCAGCUGGCUUGGCCAUCCACUCGUUUUGUUCACACCGCAGCACGACCUACAACGUCCUGCCGCGCCGCAGCCAACCCUCGUCUCAAAUUUCUCGACGUUGGCUUUUUACCCUUCUCUCGACAUCGACGUGAUAUCCAUCCGCGAGCCCUCGAGGAGCCUUCAGAUCUAACAACACAACGACUGCAAAGAUGGGCGUCGACGAGAAGGUUCGCGCCUCUGGCGAGCAGGUCCGAGAUACCCUCCCGACAGUCAACCCAGACGUCGAGAAGUCGCAACCACCCAAGCCAUCACUCCAUCCGGCUUUCUACGUGACCAUCUGGAUUUCCCUGAGUUCCUCCGUCAUCCUCUUCAACAAAUGGAUUCUCUCCACGCUCGGGUUCGGUAAGGACGCCUACAACCAGGAAUGCACUAGGAAGCAGAACACAUGCUAA